UUAUAUUUCCAUCAGGAUGACGAGAAGUGAUACAGAUAGAGCAAAAUUCCACGGAUAGCAGAGAGAGCAGUGUAGCCAGUAGAGAGAGAAAGAGAGGAGUUUCUGGCUAAAACCGCCAUGAAAAAACUGCCAUUUCAGGGCAGGUAAAAGAAGUAGUAGUGGUUCAGUUUCAUCAUAACCACUUAUUCCCAUGCACUCACUCACUCCAACUCUUUAAAAUCACCCAACAACCCCUCACUCUCUCUGCAUCGCCUUGGCGAUUUUUCAGGGGCUGAUGAAAAUAAACCCAAAUAAUUAAACAUUAUUACUAAAAAAAGGUUGGAUAGAUAGAUGUAGAGAGAGAAAGUAAGCAAUAGAUGCAGUGAUCCCAGUCUUUUUUCAGGUUCAGGUCCUUUUGAUUUAUGGGUUUUGUCUGCAUCUAAAGCCUUGAAUCUUUUUUAUUAGAAGAAACCAUUUUUAUUGAGAUAAUACUCUACUAGUGAACGACACAAACAAAGGGUAUAAAGCAAACAAAAAUGAAAAAAGGAAGAUAGUAGAAAAAAUUACAAAGCUUUUGUGUUUCUUUUGUUUGCAUGCGUUUGUGUAAGGUAUUGAUCAUGACUGCCAAGGUUCGUUUCUAUGUCGGUUCUGAGAGAUGAGCCAUUUUCUUCCUGAGAAACAAAGACCGAGAAAGUCGGGGAAAAAGUGAGAGCUUUUAUUUUCUUGUUUUUCUCAGUGUCUGAAAAUGGAGGUCACAGAGGUAUGGAAGAGAUAGAUAGCCUCUGAGAUAGAGAGAGAGAUAGAGAGAAUUCAUGGAGUCUGUUUGGUUUUCUGGUUCUUGGAUUUGUUAAAAAUGGCUUCUCUUCUUUUUCCAUCUUUCUCUGAUUUAAACCCCAAAAAUCCCGUCUUUUUCUUCUGAAUUUUGGAGUUUUUUUUUGUUCUUCUCUGUUCCAGUCCAUGGCGGUUUCUGGCUAAAAUCACAGAUCAUUUAAGAUAUGUAUAUAUAUGUGUGUGUGUUGUAGUUGAUUUUUCACAACAUAGAUUGGAACUUAUAAUUGUUUGAUUUGAACAGAGAAGAGUUAUGCUGAGGAAGAGAACUAGAACAACUAGUAAGCAAGCUCUAAUGGCUGAUUAUGGCUCAAUUCAAUCACCCACAGACAAAUAUAGAAAACCCACUUCAUCAAUCCUCAGUUCUCCAAGUUUGUUCACUAGUUUUGCCACAAAGGUUUUCACUGACACUGAAUCUCUGAUGAUGAGCCCAACUUCAAUACUUGAUAGCAAGCCAUUCUCUACUUUGAGAAACUCAUUUAGGUCUGACUCAAACACCACCACCAAAGCUCCCAAACCAGAAAGUAGAAGCCAUUUUGAUAAAUUGGAUUCGAGAAAGGUUGGUCUUGGCAUUGUUGAUGCUUUGAUCGAUGAAAUUUCAGAUUCAAAACCAUCCAAACCCGAAAGCCGAAUGGUCCUGUUUGGAUCCCAAUUGAAGAUUCAAAUCCCUCCUCUGCCUCCCUCUGUUCUUUCCCCUUCCGAGUCACCGAAAUCUCCGGCGGGUUUCGGUAGAAGGACAAGGAAUUCCCAGCCGUGUUCUUUCUCCCCGGCAUUAUCUUCCCCUGCAGCUAAGAAAUCACCGUUUGGAUCGGCGAAUUCCGGCCUAGAAAACCCGAAUUCACCACGGGUUUUCAGUGGGUGUCUCUCUGCUAGUGAGAUGGAACUUUCAGAGGAUUAUACUUGUGUGAUCUCUCGUGGUCCCAAUCCGAGGACUACUCAUAUAUUCGAUGAUUGUAUCAUUGAUAGCUUCUAUGGUGAUGUUGGGUCCUCUGCUGCUUCCAGGAAAGAAAAUGGGUUUCUGGCCGAUCGACGUCCGAUGAGCUAUCCAUCUGAGAGUUUUCUCAGUUUCUGUUACAAUUGCAAGAAGAAUCUUGGCCAUGGAAAAGACAUUUAUAUGUACAGGGGUGAGAAAGCUUUCUGCAGCAGUGAAUGCCGAUACAAAGAGAUGAUGAUGGAAGAGGGAAUGGAGAAAUUGGUGUCCGGUGUUCAUGGGACUUGUUCAUAGUACUUGUCUACAUCUAUCUCUUGCUUGUUAGGCUAAUAUCUAUAUCAUCAAUUUUAUACCUAUGGGUAUGGAGCAAUCAACAGAAGUGUAGAUACAUAAAUUCAAUCAAAACCAGAUUAUCCUGACAAAGAUGGUGCUUGUUUAUGUUGGAUAAUUUGAUAUGUUUUGUUGUUUCAUUUUAUGUUCUCUCUUGUUUUUACUAGCCUAAUGUUCCCAUUUGUAGAGGACUUGAAAGGGCUGAGAUAUUGGAGACUUUUAAUUUUGUUCAAAGUGAUAAAACUAGGUGGUUGCUUUUAA